AUGGCCACGCUGGACUUUGAUGAUAGUCUUGUUGAGAGACUUUUCCCUGCUCCUAUCUUCGCUUCUACAUAUACCAGUUCAUCUGCACCGACCCCUAACGCCGGAAUCACUCCAGAUUCUACGGCUGAGCUAAGACGUCUGUUGACCAUAAGAGGUUCCAUGCGUUUCGCAAUCACAAAGAAUUCCAUAAUCAUUUAUCGCAUCACCUGUUCGCAGCCUACGGAAUCGGAGCCCCAGGACAUGUCUUCCAAGUCUCCAGGGCCCAUCACCCACGAGAACUGGACCAAGCAUCCAGACAAUGAAGACUUCUACAAUGAAUACACGAGCUUCUUCUCGGAGGAAAUCCAAACACAUGGAUUACCCCAGACUCUUGAAAAAUUUGUGUUUAGCAGCGGGGCAAAGUGGACCAAAGACGGGCCUCUCAUGUUGGACCGAUUUAUGUCUGCGGUAAUUCACCAUCUGAUACACCUUGGGCACGUUGUCGAGUCUGGAGUGGAAGGAAUGGUCGUGGAAGGAUUGGCUCAAACUGCGGUUCAUGAUGUUGAUCACGAGAAUCUCUAUGACGCUAACUACUUCAACCCUCCAAGCUCUGCUGGAAGCCACCUCCCUUCCCUUGACUCCGCGCCGUCCCUCAUAACGCCAAACACGAAACCCCAGCAUACGCAUGCGUUCACCAUCCUUGCACGUAUCCUCGAAGACGACCGUCCAGAAGCCGGAAAAACCUGUACGAAAGACAGCACGGCCAAGUUUAUCGACACGCUGAACAGUGCUGGGGUAUCGUUCAGGAGUAUACAUCCCUCUGGAAAGUCAGCGAGGAUGGAAAAGAGAUACAAGAGUGAUUGGAAGAUUUCGCCUGGCUGGCGCUUUGAUGUGGUUCAUCUAUUUACCUCGAACUUGUUUGUUCCCUCGAUUUUAUCCCUCCUCAAGCCUGCAUACAAAGAAGACCUUUUGCGUGCGUACUUUCUGGUCCUCCUUGGGUACUUCGUGUGCCACGGUCGUCCCGCCCUCGAUAUCAAAGGUUUCUUCUCCGUGACCGCCGACCCGAAGCCUGAUCAGUCAAGCUCUCUUACUGAUUUGUCCGAACGAGUUGGAGAUCCGUGGUACACUCUCUUGGCGGAAAUUAUUCCCCACCGAGAUGAACAUCACAUCAAAACUGAGCGCACGCUUGCCCAUUGUGCCGCACUCUACGGCACGCGUCCGAAGGGUCACCUUUCACACACCGGGCUUAAAGGUAGCAGAGAAAUUGACGGAACGCUGUUUGUCCGAACCGGAGGACUGCUCAUGGAUGUGCUCCAGUGGACAUCUAGCCCAGGAUGUAUGGGUGACCAGGACUAUGGAGAGCAAGCACUGUGGAGUAAAAGCGGGCUCGGGUGGGAUUGA